AUGUCCACCUCGCGGAAGCGCCCUCGCGCCGAGGUCGAGGAAAACAAGGCCGAAUGCCCCUUCAGCAUCACCUACGCCGAACCCGACAUCAAGGCACAGAAGAAAUCCAAGAAGAGGAGGAAACCAGAGCAAGAAGAGGAAGAUGGGAAGAAGAGCUCCAAGCAACUCUCUCCCUUCUCCCCUUCCGGCGACUUCAACGGCAAGAGCGCUAACGAUGUUCUGGACUUGGAAUACCAUGUGCAUCCGCAGAAGAAGUGGUUGGAGAUGACAAGAUACAAUAGCUUCGUCCUAAACGGGACGAAGUAUUUCAGUGAGGGCUUUAUCUACGUCGCAAACGACCAGACAGUCCAACGCCAAAAGGCCGCAGCGGAAGGCUCGACAGAUGCCAAUGAGCCUGAGAAGGUCCUGAAGCGGUCCAAGUCCGAAGAUGACUGGGUAGCGCGCAUUCUGGAGAUCCGCGCUAGUGAUGAACACCACGUCUAUGCGCGCAUAUACUGGAUGUACUGGCCGGAGGAGCUGCCGGAGGGCACGAUGGAAGGAAAGAGAUACACGGGAGGUCGUCAGCCGUACCACGGCCACAACGAGCUGAUUGCUUCCAACCACAUGGACAUCAUCAACGUCGUUAGUGUGACAUUGCCCGCCACCGUCAAGCAAUGGAUUGAAGAGAACGACGACGAGAUUCAGGAGGCCCUCUAUUGGCGUCAGGCCUUUGACUGUCGCACCCAGCAGCUCUCGUCAGUUGAACGCACCUGCAAAUGCCGACAGCCCGCCAACCCGGAUAAGACCCUCGUCGGGUGCUCCAACAAGGAAUGCGGAAAGUGGCUACACGAACACUGUCUUCGAGAGGAAACCCUGAUGCGAACAUACGAGCGACUUGGCAAGGACAAGCCCCACUUCACCGCGAAACCCCCGACAGACGGAACAGCGUCGGUCGCUGAGAGCGACAAGGUCAAGGAAGAAAAGCCGCUCGAUGACGGUGUAAACGAACCCCUCAGCCCUACCGAGAGCGGUGCCGACGUGAAGCAAACAAUCGAUGCCAAGCCGAGCGAUGCGCUAGAAGAGAUCAACGGGCAGUCAGUAACCGAGGGAACGCCUGCCGUUGUCGAUGAGCACGUUUCGCAACCACCCACAACUCCUGCCACACCAACCGUACCCGAGGUGUCGGCAGCGGCGUCGUCACGCAAGGUGAGAUCCUUCAAGAAGAAGCCGUCCUCCGCCGACGCAAAGCCGUGGGAGGGCUUGUUCGAGGCGAGGAUCUUGAUGGACAUGACCCCAUCGACGAUUGAAAUCAGGGAUCUUCGAGAGAACGUCACUGAAGGCGAGAAGGUGUGGACUGAGCCGCUGCUCUGCGUCGUUUGCGGAGUGGGAAUCAGCUAA